CUGUGGGCUCAGACGGUUCGUGCAGCAGUCGGAGAUGCAGCUCUGAUAGAAGAACUCGAUUGAAGAUUAAAACUAUUUGGAAUCAGUCUACCAAAACCAGAGGGAGGACGUGCUGUGGAUGUCCUGUGGGUUUUACACAAGAGGGACAGUGAUUGUCAGUCCCAGAGCGAAGUGCCUCAUGUAACAUAAACAGGACAGCAUGGCUGAUCAACUUGAGCAGCCUCUCAACACCUGGACCGAAUCUCAAGUAAGCACAUGGCUCAGAACUAUUGGAGUGAAGGAGCAGUACAUAAAUAAACUGUAUGAGGAAGAAGUUGAUGGACAUAUUCUUCUCUCACUAAAUGAAGACUUUUUAAGGACAAAGAUUUGCAUGAAAUCUGGGCCUGCUCAUAUGGUGAUUCAAAAGAGAGAUGAGCUUGUUAACUCUCAGUCAAAGUCCCAGGGAAAGAAAAAGCCAACUAGUGGCAACAAAAAAGAGUUGCAGCAGAAAAAUACUGAACAGAAAUCACCCCCUCCCAACAGUCAAGAUCCUCCAACACAGAGUCAUGAGACAGAUCAAGAAGUGAGACCUACUGCUCAUGAACCUUGUGGGUUGACUUCAAAAGAUGAGUGCAAACCACGGCCAUUUGAUCAAGAUGAUAUUGAUUUCCUAUACAUAAAGCACAGAGUCCUACAACCUGAAUCUGGAGCCUAUAAUCUGAUAUCUCCAUUGCAUGAAUUCAAGUCCCUCGCUGUGGCUGUUACAUUGGAUGACACAAAACUCAAAGCAAAAUUUGCCAAAGAGGUUCUAAAAUUUGCUACUGGUUGUAUGAAUAUCAGAUCAAAUGGCACAAUUCAUUUUGGUGUGAUGGACAGCAAGGAAGAUCCUGGAUAUGUGCACGGUGAGAUAAUAGGUGUCCCUGUGAAAGACAAAGAUAUCUAUGUAGAUGCUUUGAACAACCUUGAAAAGAGUUUCUCCGCUGACGGUGAACAUGUACGCCAGUGUGUUAGACCACCAAGGUUUGUUGAAGUGAUGGAUCGAAAUACUCCAGAGAAGAGGUUUGUGAUAGAGGUCGAUGUUGUGCCUCUAAUAAGUAUUGUUAAAGGCAAGGUGUAUGCAGUCCGUCUACCCAACUUCAAAGAAACAACUAACAAGAUAGAAUUGGAAAAAGAAACUACUUUCCGAAGGGUUGGGUCAAAAACAGAGCCAGUACUUGACAAAGACCUGAAUGACUUUUACCAUCGAGUCAAAGAUCGGGAUGCUCAAAGAGAAGAAGCUGAGAAAAGUCAGAUCCAUCGUGCUCCAGAAAUUUCCCCAGACCUUGGAAGGAAACUCACAAUGCUAAUGACUGGAGGGAAGAAAUGUAUUGAAAAGGACAAAUGGUUUAUUCUCGUCGCAAACAAAUUCAAACCCACUGACCUUUGCAACAUUGAAUGGCUGCUUAACAUGAACAUAUUCUGUGUUUUUGAUUUUGAUCCAGACUCAAAUGUUUCAGGUCUUUGCAGCAGAUAUCUUCAACAUCAUGCUGCAAAUAAGCAUUUUCUGCAGAGCUACAGGAUAUCCAGCAGCACAAGCAUCGAAGAAUUUGUGAGCCAACUGAAACUGUUUGAGCAGACCAGCUGGAUUUUUUGUAAUGGCCGAAGUGACUAUGAAGGAAAUGAAGAUACAUGUGAUGAAAUGACUUGGGUCAGACACAAAAUGACCUUCCUGAGGGAAGCUGUGUCUUCGAUCUGUAAGCAGAUCUUGCCAAAAGGAGCCUUUCAGGUCAUUUUUCUUCUUACAUCACCAGUGGAGAAACCACUCUUGCACACCUUUUUUGAAUUUUUCACUGACAUGGAAGGUCAUGAAGACAUCAUUUGCAUCUGUGAAUCAAAGACACACUUCCAGAAAUGGCAAAGCUUUGCAGAGGGUUCAUGUGGAAAAGAAAUUGUAAACAAUUCAAGUGUUGUUGGGAUGAAAAUGAGUCACAUUAAUGCAACUCUGCUGCAGGUACAACCAGUAAAAUCAUCUUCUAGAAAAUACUUGCCAGUCUUUGUGAAAGGGACAUGUCUUCUUGAAACAAAAGAUGAGGAAGAGAUGUAUUCCUUGGAAAUUCUUACUGUUGAUCAUUGUGAUGAAACAAGUGAAGUCUUCAUCAAUGAGGAGAAGGCAAACAUUGAAAGCCAGUUCUACCGUGGGGGGAGAUUGACCUGGUUGAAUUUGUGGCUUGCAGAGCACAAAUAUGUUGGAGAUGUAAUUGAAAGAGAUGCUUAUCAUGAAGUUUCCAAAUUUCUUGCUGGUACAUUGACAUGCAACACAGAUCAGAUGCCAGUGAACUGUAUCAAUAUCUACCAUCAUCCUGGAAGUGGUGGAAGCACCGUGGCAAGACAAGUACUGUGGAACAAUAGAAAGAGUCUAAGAUGUGCGGUUAUGAAGCCAUCUUACCCUGUUGAUAUUAUUGCAGAACAUGCAGUCAGACUUCGAGAAUAUGAAGAAAAAGAUCCACACAAGUGUCUGCCUGUGCUGCUUCUCAUCGAAGACACUGACAAAGAAUAUCUCGAUGAUCUGAGGCAUGAAUUAGAAGUUGCCCUUAACAUCAAGAAAAUCCAGUAUGAAACAUUGUGUUUCAUUUUGUUGAGUUGCAGAAGAUCCAAUGAUCCAGAAACAAGAUGCAAAGAGUCUCCACUGCAGCAUGUGGCCGUCACACACAAACUGUCUCCUCAAGAAAAACGAAAGUUUGCUGGAAAACUACAGGUGCUUGAGGGACAAUAUCAGCCUCAGUUCAUUCUGACCUUUGUAUUGAUGAGCAAAGGUUUUGAUGAGAAAUAUGUUCGACAGUUUGUGGAACAUCUGCUUGAAGGCAUUGACCAUCAGUCCACCGUCACUCGCCUCAUUCACUACGUUGCAUUGCUGAACACUUAUGUUCAGAAAUCUUUCAUCUCUCAGUCCCACUGCGAAGCUCUGCUCGCUUUAACUGUUCACAUGGAAAGGUUUCGCCAGCAUGAGUUUGAGAGUUCACUCAGUGACCAGGCUAAGCUGGUGUUCCUCCACCUUAGAGAUGACAAGACACAGAUAAGAUCAAUCAGAAUCAUCCAUCCACUUGUUGCAAAGGAGAUUCUCCAACAACUUCUGAGAGAACAAGAGACACAGAGCAGUUUGGCAAUGAAUUUGCUCUGUGAAACUGUGCUUUUUGAUCACAGAUUCGGAAGGCAGGAAUAUCACUCAUUCUUGAGAGCACUUUUUAUCAGCCGAUCCCGAAUAAGCAAAGGGGAUGAAUGUGAUACUUUGUUCUCUCCUCUGAUUGAGCAUGUGUGUAACAAUGAGAAAAACCCCAAGAAAGCAAUUGACUUACUCAAAGAAGCUUUUGAACAUUUUCAUAGAGAUCCUUUCUUUGCACAACAACUUGCUCGUCUUCUCUAUCAUCAUGAGAAGUUUGAAGAGGCCAAACAGUGGGCAGAUACAGCAGCUAAACAGCAGCCCAACAACUCAUACAUAUUAGACACAAAGGGACAAGUGUACCGAAAAUGGUUCCAAGCACAAUGCAAAUCUAUUAACAAGCGCGGUAUCCCAAAGACAGCCAAAAAUACAGCUGAUGCUGUAGGUACUGCACUGAAAGCUCUGGAAUGUUUUCAUGAAUGUGAGAAAGCAGCUGAAGCAGAUAUGGAAAAUGCAAAUAGCUCAGGGUUUUUUUCUGAAGUUGAGGUCGGAUCCAGCUUGUUUAAGCUGAUUUCAUCAUUGGAAGUGUUUUCAAACAAAACCAAUGGCCAUGCAGAAUGUAUGAAGUAUCUGGUAACAGAUUACAUUCCUGACGAAGUUAAAGAACCCUGGGAACCAUUUCACAGUCGUUUGAAAGAACUUCACAAGACAAUGCAAGAUGCACUGGAAUGGAUUUCAGAAGACCUUAGUUACUUCCAGACAGACAUUGGUGAAGAUGAAGAGACCUGUGCAGGCACUGAAGAGAAGAUAAAACAUCCAUUGAAAUGGUUGGCUAAAAAAUCUAGCGAGUAUGGCCAGUACUUCAGUGCACCAGGCCCACUUCUACAACAGGGGCAGUCAAUCCCUGUCAGUUUAACACCCUUCCAAAAACGCAUGAUUAUUUAUCAUCUUGGUGGGGGCAAUGUAAUAUCCACCCUCUACAAGCUAUCAGAACAGAAGGAUGCAGAAUGUCUUCUGGAGGACAUCCUUUCUCUGUACCCUAGCAAUCCAAUAAAGGCCAACUUUCGUCAAAGGGAUAUUGUUAAUUACAUAAUCACCCAUAUUGCUCUGAACUGCCUUUCACCACAGUCGAAAAAGGUAGCCUCUCUGAAGGACCUACAGGCACUCUGUCAACAGUUCCCAGCUGAUAAAAGGAAAUGUCUUCCAAGUGCCCUGUUCCUGCUUACCUUGCUGUUUUGGCCAGAAGAUCAUGACACAGAUUAUGAGAAGGAAGCCAAAUUUGAAAUCAUCCAGUCAGCUGUUGACCACCUGAAAAAAUGGUACCAGACCAAGAUGAAGGACAUUCCUCAGCGAAAGAGAAGGAUUUACACCCACUUCUUUCUUGGCAGUGGCAGUGGAUUGGAUAAAUUUGUCCUCAAGAGAAAAUUUGAAGGGGUCAAAAAGUGGUUAUCUGUCACUGAGAAACGGAUGAAAUGGUUCAGCGCAGAAGCAUUCAAAAUGCCUGAGAUUGCCAAGAUGCUGAAGUGUGUUUCGGGAUGGACCAAAGAUGGACAAGUGUAUCUUGAGGGGCCACAGAAAAAGAAGUUCAGUAUCCCUCCUCUUUUUGUACCUUCAGUACCCCACAGUAAUGAAAACAUCACCUUCUACCUGGGCUUUACCUUCAGAGGCCCUGUUGCCUACAACAUCACUGUGAAAAAAUAGUUUAUCUUUGACCAAUGACGUUGUCACAGAGAGCUGUGUGUCGUGUAGAAAUCUAAUCCUUACAGUAUUAAAACCAUAAAAUAAAGUGGAGAGAUCCAUCCAGAAGACACAAACCUUCAGAGUAGUGGUUCAAAGUUAAAGAGCUGGAAAAAUUUAAACACAUACCAUUUUUCCCCAAGAUCGUUUGGUAUUUACAUUUUCACAUGUUAUGCUUAUUUAUACAUUUGUAUAGGUUUUUCAAAAUACAACUAAAACUACAUAACACUACAAACCAGUUUUUAUGUAUAGAUAAUGACAAACUAAAUUCAGUAUUUCUCCUAUACAUAUUUUUAAGUGCUGUUUAAAACUUUUGUAGUAUUCAGUUAUGUUUGUAUCUAUGUCAUUUUUUGUAACAUUUACCAGUUUUGUAUUUUUAUGAUUUGUAAGGAUUCCAGGCUUAUCCUGAAUUGUAUGUAUUUUGUCAGAUAUGACAAAAUGUCAAAUGCAAUGCAGCAAAUAAUGAUCGAAAAUAUGUAAUAAUUUACGUGUGUUUUCACUGUUUUAAGGAAAUGUAUUCAAAUGUCAUACAUCAAGAUGCAUUAAAGAUUUUUAUUAUCACA